CCUACGCUUUUCGAUUCUGAUCUGACAGAGCGGUGAAAGAGAGGAGGAGAAGUCAGAAAGACGUCAGUCAAGCGUCCGCAGUCGUCUGCCGAGGAAGUUUACCUUUUGUGCUUACCACUCUGCUUCGUCGCCGUACAACGAGCGAGAGUUUUCCUAUCACUGAGAAUCGUGUUUGUAUGAUGAGAUUUCUAUCGCUUGCUGUCCUGCUUGUUAUUUCCUUGUCAGGAUGUCGCUGCGAGACCGCAGACGUCGACAGCGUGUUGUUGCUAGUGCGGGGACCGAGCAAGAGCAGCUCGUUUAAGGAAUGGCUGAAGGGUGUGAAGAAGGGACUGGAGGAGGCGAUCAUUGAGGGAUACAAGAAUGUGAAGAGGGGAUUCUCUGUUACUUCUAUGUCCCAGUGUCCGCUGUUUGAACGCAGUUACGACAGUAAAAUCUGGGUCGAGUUGACGAGACACGCUGUGGAUAAUUUCGGUCUGCAUGAGAUUUUGUUUCAUGUAAAAAGGCUUCGUGCGAAUAGGAAAACCGGUCCACUGAUGGGAAGGGAAGUUUUCAUGUCAAGCAGUGAGGUGGUGGCCGCUAUGAAGGCUAUUCGCUUCCAGGAAUUGAUGUCUCUGGUUGGCAUCAAAGUAAUUGGAUACAAGGAGGCAGCUCAGUACAUUACUCCAACAAUUACUACUAAAUCCCUAAAUACCAUGACACCAAGUGACUCUGGUUUUGGAUCAGGAAAAUUGGCAUCUGGGGAAAGUGAUGAUGAAAGUGAAGAUUACCAUCCUACAACUGAAGUGAAGGCUACAACUGACUUGAAGGCUACAACUGAUGUGAAGGCUACGACUGAUCAGACUCCAGUAGGAUCUAGAAUUACAGAUGAUGAUAUAGUUGGAUACACAACUGACACUGAGAUCAUUGAGUAUAGCCCUACAUCUAGUGUCGAUGAAGUUGUAUUUGAGACUACUGGAAAGGCAACAGAUAAAUCAGGUCCUACUUUGAGGUCUACUGAUCCACCUCAUGAGGCUAAGGCAACAAAUAAAUCACUCCCUACUCUGAGGUCUACCAAUCCACCUCGUUUGGUUGAAGUCUCUACUGAUCAGGAUGACGGUGAUAGUGGAAGUGGAGAUGACUAUAGUGAUGUAGAAGUAUCUAGUAGUGGUUCUGUGAACACAGCAGAUCUAAGUUUCACCCACGAUCAAGUGAAAGAAAACAAGCGAGUCAAAGGGUUUGUUCCUAAGAGUGGUACGGUUCUUGAUUUCCAUCACUUCACUCAACGCUUCACUCAUAAUGAUAUAGUUAUGGUUCAUCCACACAUUGUUCGCUCAGUUCCUGAUCAAGUUAAUCACGAGAUUCAGAAACGAUCGUCUUUACAUCAAACAGAAGACUCCUUUAUUUCGGAUUGGUCACAUUCUCAUCUCGAUUUCAUGAAAGAGGAGACCGAUGGUGCUAUUGAGUCAUCAGAUCACGACAGUUACAGGAAGCUGUUGAAGAAAUGCUUUCCACGUUACGUGAACAGACUAAUGAACAGCCUACUUCGUACAGAGCACUGCACGGUAAUGCAUUACUUGGGUCGACACACGGCGGCUGGCACAGAAAACAUCGUUCGUGCAAUGAAGGCAGAAGGCUACACUUCUCAUGACUGUGUUUCCGAUCAACCAGUCACGGUGUCGACAUCUAGCGCAACCGAAGCUGCAACCGAAGCUGCAACAACCAGUGAAACUCAUCAAGUAAUAGCAACAAGUGGGUUCGUAGAAACCGUAAUGCCAAACAACUUUGAAGGAACAGAACGUGAAGUGACAGAAGAGACAAAACGUAUAGUGAUCAAGGUGACAGCAGAAACAGAAAUCGAACUAACAUCCGUCCUUCCUUCGAAUCCUCAGUUUGAAGCCAAAGAGUUACAAAGCAGUGGCGUUGAGGUAGCUCUCUAUGUCGUCAUCGCGCUCAUCUGUGUUGCUGUUGUUGUGGCAGUUGUCAGCCUUGCCGUUUACGUUCACAGACGGAAGAAGCUAGAGAUAGCACAAGGAAUGUCCGUGUCGACCAAGGUGCGUAUAUUGUCUUGCAACACGACGACGGCGGCGGUCGAGGUCGCCGACGACAACGAUUCAGUCGAUUCUUGCUCGGUCGGAGGUCUACAACUGGAAUGGGAUGAAUCGUCGGUCGACAUCCCUCCCGAAGAGACGACUAACUCAACAGACUAACUCGACUGAUCAAUUUUCGUUUUGACGAUUGGUUCGUACCUUGCGUGUUUAAUUGAAGGGAACGAUUAGAAGCAGGCCUAUUGUUGUUAAGAGGUACACACGUGUGUGACCCAGUAUUGGGUUUGUGGGUAUGUGUAAAGUGUGUUUGCUAAGUAGGCUGAUGUUGUAUUAUAGAGACUCUAGUAAUGAGACUUAUUUCACUUUCGGUAGAAUAGGCUGUCCUACUGAUCGAUCAUAUUGCUUAUCAGUAGUAUGUUUGAAUGUAGUGCGAAUGCCACACACGUUAACUUCA